GCAGAAAGUAGAAAGUAAGAGGAGAGGAGCAGAACAGAAAGCUGGCUGGGUGGGAGUGAUGAAGGGGAUGGCCAAGUCAAUAUCAGAUUACCUGUUUGUUGCGUCCCACGGACACGUGUUGGCACUGGAUAGAGAGAGAGGAGAAACGGUGUGGAAGGUGAGGCUUGGGAACACGGGUUGGAGAAGAUGGUAUGUUGUGUCGCUGUUCCCGGUGGAGACGGAGAGCCUGCUCAUCUGUGGCUGCCAUGGGAAGAUCAUUGCCUUGAGCAUGAACGUGGGCCAGGAGAUAUGGAGGAACCGACUGCCCAAGCUUGGCUAUGGCGACAUCGCCAUCCACAUGCCAAAUCAGCCAUGUCCGAGUAGGUCGGUCCUUUCUGUCGGCGUUGCCUCUGGACGAGAGUAUGGACGCCUGGCAUACUACGGAUCUAGACACUCUUUCUCUGAGGAUGUGUUAAUGCAGCGCCCCCUAACUGCGAUCUCCAGCACCGCAUCGACCCUUUCCACGCCGCCCACCAUCAAGGAGGAUGGCGCAGGCGUUGGCAGCACUCUCCCUGGCCUCUCGGAUCUCGUCAUCGUUGGCACAUAUGGACAUGUCGUGGCCAUUGAUAUCGCCAAUGGCGGCAAGACGGUGUGGAGCUAUAGUCUUCCCUGGACAGGCUAUGGUGUCGUCAACACACUUCUGGAGGGCGGAAAGCUCUUUGUGGGCUGCGGCGGGCGUGUCUUUGCACUGGACCCUCUCUCGGGGAAAGAGAUCUGGCGAAAUGCGCUCCCCGGAUUACGCCGCGGUUUUGUGACGAUGGCCACCAGCACUUCGUGGACGGGUGAUGUCGUCCCACCAUUCAGCCUUUUGCUGUUGAAUACAACCGCAAGUUAUUCAGGUGCAAGGCCGCAGGGGGAUGCCUCAAGGGUAGGACGGGGAGCGGGGAGGGGAGGGGUAGGCGUUUCCACUCCUUCAACCGGCAGUCCUGCUGCAGCCAAGUAAAGAAAGGCAGGCCUUCUAUUUGCCCCCCACUUUCUUUACGUUUGUUUGAGCUUUACUCUUCCCCU